UCGGUCGUGAUUCGUGAUCCGCCUCCCAAACAUGGCAGAGUCGCUGUCAAUGGGAAGUGCCGGAUUGCAUGAAAACUUACUGGACGGGUCGUUGAAUAUUGACUUAGAGGAGUUGGACGAUGAAGAAUUUGAUAUACCCCCAGUUGAACACACCCCUACGUUGGAGAGUAUACUCAAUGAUGUUGAAGAUCAAGCAUCACUUAGCGAAGAUGAAGUGUCAAAUUCUUUGAUAGCCGGAACAGAGGGGGUGUUCGAAGGCAGCGAGACGGUGUCGCUGGGCAGCGUGGGCAGUCGCAGCUGGAGCUCGUCGGAGCGCCGGCACGCCCGCGCCGGCAAGUGGUGCAACAGCGCGAAUGGCCCCCACGAGUCCGGCUGCAUCCUGCGCCACAUCGUCCUCAAGGGCAUAUCCUCGCAGCUCGUCGCCUGCCACGACCAGGCGGACGGGGGCCGGCCCACAGCGAUGGCGGCCGCCACGAUGGUCGCGGUGGGCACGUCCCGCGGCCUCGUGCUUGUGUUCGACGCGGCCCAGGCGCUGCGCUGGCGCCUGGGCCCGGCGGGCCGGGAGCCAGGCUCCGUGUCCAGCCUGGGCUUCAACGGGGACUGCUCGCGGCUGCUGGCCGGCUACGCGCGCGGCGACAUCCUCAUGUUCGACCUGCAGUCCGGCAGGCUGCUGCGCACCGUCACGGACGCCCACCCCCCGGGCACCGCCGUGCUGCACGUCAAGUUCACAGACCUGCCGACGCUGGCCUUGUGCAGCGAUAGCGGGGGCUCCGUGUUUGAGCUGAGCUUCAGGCGGACGAUGGGCGUCCGAGGCUGCGACUCCAAGUGCCUGUUCUCGGGCAGCCGGGGCGAGGUGUGCUGCAUCGAACCCUUGCUGCUGCAGCCCCUCAUCAACCACCCGCUGCGCAGCGUGGUCCUGGUCGCCAUGGCGACGCUCUCCAAGGUGAUAGUGGUGAGCAUACGGCCACGCAUGAAGGUCCUCUUCACACACUCGCUGCAGGCCAGUCCUGCCACGUUGCCCCUCAUCACGUGGCAGUUUGUCAUCAUCCAGAUGGCAGACACCUCCAGGGUAAUCGACCCUGUGUUGGCGUUCGCCAGAGAGUCUACAAUACACUUCUUCCAGGUGUCGGUAGACGCGCGCAAGAGGGUGCGGUUCGCGGCGCUGCAGAAACUCAGCGUGGGCUACGAGCUGCUGGGGCUGCACUGGCUCAACGCGCGUACCCUGGCUGCCGUCGACGUCUCGGAGCAACUGCGACUGCUGGACGUGCGGAGCCGGGAGGAGCUGGAAGCAUUCGAUCUCUCCCCACUCGGCCUGGUGUACGGCUCGGGCCACUUCAAGGGGCUGGCCACCGGCGGCAACGUCAGCCAGGCCAUGGCUUAUGCAGGAGAGCGGGCAUGCUACAACUCCAUUGUAGGCUUCGGAAACCAGGUCCUCAUAUUGGGGACGAAGUCGUUCCACGUGUUGACAAUACGUUCUUGGAAUGAGCGCCUGAAUUUCCUCGUCAAGCAGAACAGGUACCUUGAUGCCCUAUCCUUAGGCAUGGCAUUCUAUUUGGACAAAGGGAAGGCGGUGAUUGGUCUAAAGGGAUCAAAGGAGAAGCGGAAAGAACUAACUCGAGAUAAGGUUCUAGAGAUCUUGAAUGCCUACAUCGACGACACGUUGGUGACAGGGGAUGGUAGCACAGAGCUGUAUUACGAGGCCAUUCCCGCCUGCAUUGAGUACUGCAUUGAGCUAGAUGUCCUGGACACUUUGUUUAACAAGUUGUGGGAUGCUUGCACGCACCAGGCAGCAAGAGCUUGCUACCUCCAUUCCCUCGAGCCGUGGAUCCUCAACGACCGCGUGCCAAACUUGCCGCCGGUCAUCUCCCAGGAGUUUGUGUCCUACUACGAGAGCAAGGGCUUCCUGCAGGCAUUGGAAGCCUGCCUGGUCCACCUGGAGGUGACGUCGAUCGACAUUGACCAGGUGAUGAGGCUGUGCUGGACGCACGGCUUGUACGAUGGGAUCAUCCACAUCCACAACCGUGGCAUGAAGGAUUACGUCACUCCGCUGCAGGAGCUCAUGCCGAUAUUACAAGCAGCGCUAAGCACAGGCAAGCAGCUGACGGACGGGCAGAUCGUGUUGGGCAACAAGCUGCUGGUGUACAUCAGCUGCUGCCUGGCGGGACGGGCGUACCCCACGGGAGACAUCCCCGAGGGGGAGGUGCAGGGCGUCAAGUACGAGGUGUUCAAGUGCCUCACCAGCCUCCACAGCAAGGACGCGGCCGACAGCGAGCUGCCCUACCCGUACCUCAGGACGCUUCUGCAGUUUGACACUCGCGAGUUCCUGAACGUGCUGGCGCUGGCGUUCGAAGAGCCUGAGUUCACGUCGGAGCUGGGGCUCCGGCAGGUCCAGAGGCUGGUCGACAUCUUGCUUCUCGUCAUGGUUAAAGGCUCUGGGUUCAUGCCGAGCCAGGUGGGGUCGCUGUUCACGUUCCUGGCGCGGCAGCUGGCCAAGCCGUGGUGCGGCCUGCACGUGGACCGCCAGCUGUUCGAGCAGGUGGUGGAGUUCCUGACGGAGAGCUCGGGCUCGACCAGUCUCGGCCACCACGAGGAGCGGCAGCAGGCGCUGCUGGAGCUCAUGAGGGUGGGCGGGCUGCAGCACUUCGACCAGGACCGACUGCUGCGCCUCGCCGACGGCGCCGGCUUCUACCGGGUGUGCGAGCUGCUGUACGAGCGGCGGCGCGAGCACCACCGGAUCCUGCAGUGCUACCUGCGGGACCCGCUGCGCCGGCCGCAGGUGUUCUCCUUCCUGCACAACCUGCUGGCGCAGUGCGGCGGGGAGGGCCGCGCGCCGCGCGUGGAGGCACAGGUGCUGGAGCAGGCGCCCGAGCUGCUGGACCUGGACGCCGGCCGCACGGCCCAGCUGGUGUGCGCGCACCUGCCACGCCUCGUGCCGGCCGUGGUGGAGCGCCUGCACGACCAACCCCGCCUGCUGCUCGCCUUCCUCCGCGCCGUCUUCCAGUACAGGGAGGGCCCCGGCCGGGACGACCCCCCGCUGGAGCCGCGCCUGGCGGAGCUGCACAUCGCGCUGCUGUGCGACCAUGCCCCGGGCGAGGUGCUGGGCUUCCUGGCGGCCUGCGACGGCUACCGCCUGGACGAGGCCACGGCCAUCACCCGGGCCCGGGGCCACGCCGAGGCCACGGCGUUCCUGCUGGAGCGGGCGGGCGACCACCGCGGCGCCCUCGCCCUGCUGCUGGGGCGCCUCGAGCGGGCCGGCGAGGGCGAGCUGGCGCACCUGGUGGCCCGGCUGCAGGCGCUGUGCCAGCGGGCAUCCGCCUCCCUCGACGAGCGCGCGCGCCAGGAGAUGUGGUUCUCGCUGCUCGAGUGCGUCAUGAGGCCGCAGCGGGACCCCGCCCGCGACUCCCGAGAACUGAAGGAUCUCACCCAGCAGCUGCUGAUGUGCAUGAGCAGUCACGUUUCACUGCCUGCGAUGCUGCAAUUCAUCCUGAAAGACCCAGCAUACACGGGGGGCAAGUUUGGGGACAUUCGGGAGCUGAUGAUGGGAAUGCUGAGCAACUCGUGCUACGAGGAGACCCUGCUGCAAGUGACGUCGCGACUGCUGAGCUCCGACCUGCACCACAUGCUGGCCAGGGAGCUGGCCCUCGCUGCCCGGGGCGUCUCCCCGCAGGCGACGUGCGCGGUCUGCCACAAGCCCCUGGGCGCGCUGCAGAGCCCCGCCAGGGUCGUCGUCUUCAGGUGCCGCCACAGCUACCACUCGAGCUGCCGGGACUCUCCGCGGUGCUACGUGUGCUCGAGGACCUCGGGCAGCCCCGACCUGGACAAGCCUUCGUCGCAGGAGACCCACGCUCUGCCGCCACAGCCCCCGGACGGCACCACAGACAGGGCGCUCUCCCCCGACAGAUCUCAGGCCAGCACAUCGGGGCAAGUGUUCUCCCCUGCGUCCAACUCGGGGUUGCUGCAGAGCGAGGACUUUGCUCUGAAGCUAAGCCCUCCGCCCCCUCCCGACCUCGAAGGACUUUUCUAGUCGCCUGGGCUCGGGACAUCUAGUCAUGCAUUGGUCAGCCAAUGAAAAAAUAAGAACUCUUGCUUGUGGCAAAUGAACCAAAACCACCAAAGACUGGGGACGAUCUGUAGAUGAUUAGGAUUUUCACAAAACGAUAAGUUUAUAUUCACUGUAACAUAACUGUGUAAAUACACUCUGUACAUGCAUUCCACUAUAUACUUCCAGUGUUUUGUUAAUGAAUACUUUUUUUACUGUUAUUUCGUGUGUACAAAAAAUGUUUUGAGAAUCUUGUUUAUGUUCGGUUUACUGUUGCGAGAUUAUUGUUUUUGCUAUAUUAGUUAUCUUGUAAAAUAUAUUUAUAGGUAAUAUAUACGAAAGUAUAGUUAUUUUCAAAUACAAAUA